AUGUACUUCCCGAUUCCUCCUCCACUGACACCGCUUACAGACUGGGGCUGGUCAUAUGGAAGUGCCAUCGGGCAGUACAUGACCCAGAUACUUCCUCCAGAACGUAUCAACCGAAUGAUCAUAGAUGGUAUAGUAGACGUUGUAGGCUGGUCCGGCUAUCCCAUCCAGCCAUAUAACAUUACGGAUGACAUGGACCACAUCCUGCAAGAAUUUGCGGACAGCUGCGCUUCUGCUGGAGACGCCUGCGUUCUUUCGAACCUUACCUCGUCUCAGAUACUAUCCCUAAUAGACAGUACUCUCGACGAACUGUACUAUUCGCCUCCACUUGCAACCGACCUGGGACCAGGAUAUGGUUCGGUGGAGGUGGAUGCGGGUGUCCUCCGCUUUGCGCUCUUUGAGUCCAUGUAUUUGAUGCUAUCCUGGCCCACACUUGCAGAGUUGCUUGCGGAGACUUUCGCAGGAAACUAUACGUCCCUAGUGCAGGCCAUCGUGCCCGCUAUCUCGCCAACUUAUGUCACAAUGCGUGACGACUCUUCUUACGCUACCUCAAUGAUCUAUUGCAAUGAUGCGAAGCCAUAUGACGCUUCUCAUCCUCCUCCCUCCAUCGAGCAGCUCACAGACAAUGUAGUGCUGGCUCUGAAUCAGAACUCGCGUCGUCUUGGCGAAUUUCUUUAUGGAUUGGGACUCUGUCAAUUCUGGCAGGACGUCAUGCCCAGUCAGAGUCAUUAUAAUGGAACUUUUGACAUUGCCCCCGGUACCUUGCAGACACCUAUGCUCGUAUUCAGCCAAACCUUCGACCCCGUCACUGAUCUCGCCAAUGCGCUGCGCUCCAGCGAGCGCCUCGGCGACAAUGCCAGGCUGAUACAACAAGUUGAUGGCUAUGGGCACUGCACCAUCAGCCAAACUUCCUUCUGUGCUCUGCCAAUAGUGCAAGCGUACAUGCUCGAUGGCGCAGUUCCAGACAGUAAUCAUACGCUGUGUCAGGUUGACCAGCUGCCGUUCAAGCCAUUCGAUGAGCAGGACGCUGUCAAUGGGACGGAGGGUCUGGAUUUGGAGUCGAGGCAAGCAUGGGUAGCCCUGGGUCUUAGCUGGGCCAAAUUGGCAGCAGCCUAG